AGGCACAAUGAACAGGACACGGUUGGCUCCUAAGUCGGAGCAUAGUUAUAGCAGUGGUCGGUCAUGAGAAGACACGACAUGACUAAGAUCAAAAUCCAAAGAGCGAGUCUGAGUCUUCUUCAAAUUACCACUUCCUCCUUUCAGAUCCCACUUCCCUAUUCUUGCCGUUACCUUCAAGUUUCAACGCCACCCCUUUCAAUUUUCAACCCCAUCCCAAUGUUUCUCUCUCUCCUCAUUCUUCCUUCUUCCACCACAUUUGCCGCAUAACAAACCCCAAGCUACUCUCUUUCUCCCAUUUUCAUCUCUCUACUCCUUCAUGGACACCCUUCUCUCAUCUCUUCUAUUCUUUCUCUCCCUCUUUUCAAUUGGGUCCUCGCAGAUUCAGAAUUUUCAACAGGCGUUUCCCAUUGUGGAGCCUGAUCCUGGUCAUACAAAACUUAGACUUUCAAGAGAAGGUUUGGAGGCUAUUGAGAGAAUAACAAACCCCAUUGCAUCCGUGGCAGUGAUUGGACCAUAUCGCUCUGGAAAAUCUUUCUUGCUUAAUCAACUUCUUUCUCUUUCUUGUUAUGAAGGUUUUGGUGUUGGGCACAUGCGUGAUACCAAGACAAAAGGAAUAUGGAUUUGGGGAACCCCAAUAGAGUUGGAUAUUGAUGGAGUAAAAACUUCCGUAUUUUACCUUGAUACAGAAGGAUUUGAAAGUGUUGGAAAAUCAAAUGUAUAUGAUGAUCGGAUAUUUGCUCUGGCAACUGUCAUGAGUUCCGUGCUUAUCUAUAAUCUGCCUGAGACGAUACGCGAAGCUGACAUUUCUCGGCUCUCUUUUGCGGUUGAGCUUGCUGAAGAAUUUUAUGGGAGGUUAGACCUAAUGCCCUUUUCUUUUUCUACUAUAUCAUUUGGAUUAUCAAUUUCUCUCUUGCUAUCCUUUUUAAUACGGAACAGAGUGAAGGGCCAAGAUGUUGCAUUUGAACCUGCUAAGCUCUUGUGGCUUAUACAACGUGAUUUUUUGCAAGGGAAGUCAGUGCAACAAAUGGUGGAAGAAGCUCUUCGAAGAGUCCCCAAUGUCAAUGGGGACAAAAAUAUUGAUAUGGUCAAUCAGAUACGGGACUCAUUGGCUAUAAUGGGUGACAAUAGUACUGCCUUUAGCUUACCACAACCGCAUCUCCAGCGGACAAAGCUCUGUGAUAUGAAGGAUGGGGACCUUGAACCAUUAUAUGUAAAAAGAAGGGAGCAACUCAAAGAGCUUGUUGCUAGCAUAAUCCGUCCAAAGAUUGUUCAAGGAAAAUCUCUAAAUGGGAAAGAGUUUGUUUCCUUCCUGGAGCAGAUACUUGAAGCCUUGAACAAAGGAGAGAUCCCAUCGACUGGUUCUCUUGUGGAGAUUUUCAACAAGGAUAUUCUUGAAAGAUGUCUUAAAUUAUACAGUGAAAGGAUGGGAAAAUUGCAACUACCUCUUCCAGAGGGAUCUCUGCAACAGUCCCAUGAUAACUCCAGAGGUGAAGCCAUGCGAUCCUUUGAUCAGCAACAUUUUGGUCGUCACCAUGCUAAGAAAUCAGUGACACAACUGGAUGAAGAAAUACAGAAGGUAUAUAGGAAUGUCAUUUUAAAAAAUGAAUACCAAUCUUCAAAGCUAUGCGAGGCAUUGUACACCAAUUGCGAGGACAUGAUGGAUCGGCUUCAGGUUCUCAGACUACCUUCCAUGGCAAAGUUUAAUGCGGGAUUGCAGAAAUGCAAUCAUAGUUUUGAGCACGAGUGUGUCGGACCGUCGAAAACAAACUACGAGCAGCGCAUGAUGAAGAUGUUGGGGAAAUCUAAGUCUCAAUUUAUAAAGGAUUAUAACCAAAGGCUUUUUAAUUGGUUGGUGGCCUUCUCCCUCGUCAUGGUCGUGAUUGGCCGCUUUAUUAUAAAGUUCAUUUUGAUCGAAAUGGGAGCAUGGUUACUUUUUAUAUUUCUCGAGACCUACACAAGGAUGUUUUGGUCAGCAGAGUCACUGUACUAUAAUCCAGUUUGGCAUUUUAUAGUUGCAACAUGGGAAACUCUUGUUUAUAGCCCAGUUCUUGAUCUUGACAGAUGGGCUAUUCCCCUUGGUGUAAUUGUGUCCUUAUUCGUUCUAUAUUGGCGUUGUUAUGGGAAAAGGAAACAUGGAUCACGGUGGAUACUACCUUUAUAUAGCAACAACAAGAACGGCCGGAGUCGACCAAGAUCAGAUUAGAAGCUAUGGUAAUUGCAGUUGCAGCCGAGCUUCGAGAAUUCGGUAUGCUUCUCGUCGCGAGCUUUUCUCUUUUUGAAACAUAGAGCCCGCACACGAUGAGAAGUUCUUUUGCAAAGUGUAAAGUAAAAAAAGAUGAUCCGAGGGUGAUUGAUCUCUGCAGCAGCUUCUGUAAUGGCACGUUCAAAAGAGUUGUUAUUUGCUGCAACAGCAUGUUAAUUAUUUAUUUCAGAUUAUAGUAGAGUAAAUUGGAUUUGUGGCACCAAUCAUGUAUUAAACUGUAAAAUUAAAGCAAGAGAGGAAAUACAAGUUGAUUCUUUA